GCCGCAGGGGGCGGGGCCCCGGAUCGCCCUGCCACACGCAGGUUCCCGGAACUGGCUGCGGGAGGGCCGGGCUGGCGCUCUCCGGCUCGGGCACCGGGGCUUGGGCCCGGCGGCCCCCGGAGUGCCUUCCUGGGCUCCCGGCGCGGGCAUGGCACGGAGCCUCUGGAGCUGGCUGGGCGGCUGCCUCCUGGUGUCAGCAUUAGGAAUGGUGCCACCUCCUGAAAACGUCAGAAUGAAUUCAGUUAAUUUCAGGAACAUUCUACAGUGGGAGUCACCUGCUUUUCCCAAAGGAGAUCUGACUUUCACAGCUCAGUUCCAAAGUUAUAGGAAAUUUGAAGAUAUAUGCACAAGUACCACCUUGAUGGAAUGUGAUUUCUCAAGUAUUUCCAAAUAUGGUUACCAUACCUUGCGAGUCAGGGCUGAAUUUGAGGACGAGCGUUCAGACUGGGUAAACAUCACCUUCUGUCCUGUGGAUGACACCGUUAUUGGACCUCCUGGAAUGCAAGUAGAAGCACUUGCUAAUUCUUUACAUCUGCGUUUCUUAGCCCCCAAAAUUGAGAAUGAACCUGAAACAUGGACCAUGAAGAACAUUUAUAACUCAUGGGCUUAUAAUGUGCAAUAUUGGAAAAACGGCUCUGAUGAAAAGUAUCCGAUUACUUGUCAAUAUGACUUUGAAGUUCUCAGAAAUCUUGAGCCGUGGACAACUUACUGUAUUCAAGUUCGAGGGUUUCUUCCUGAGCGGAACAAAACCGGGGAAUGGAGUGAGCCUGUCUGUGAGCAAACAACUAUUGACGAAACACCCUCCUCGUGGAUCAUCGCUGUCAUCCUCGCAGCCUCGGUUUGUGCGGCCUUCCUGCUGCUCCUGGGCUGCAUCGCCUUGGUGUGGUGCAUUUACGUGAAGACCAAGUACGCCUUCUCCCCGGGGAACGUGCUCCCUCAGCACCUGAAAGAGUUUUUGGGCCACCCACAUCACAACAAGCUUCUGUUCUUCUCUUUCCCACUCUCUGAUGAGGAUGAAGUUUUUGACAAACUGAGUAUCAUUACACAAGUCUCUGGAAACGGCAAGCUGAAUUCAGGGGAUGGCUGCAGCCUCGGGACCCGCUGUGGGCAGGGCUCCUUCGAGCUCGUCUCUGGGGAGGAAACACACUCACCUGGGUACAGCGACCCCCUGUUUCUCACAUCUGCCUCGGAUGAUGAUCAGAGCAACAAACAAGGGCCGAGGCCACCUGGGCAAACCCCAACUCUAGAACUCUCAGACGCUGCGACAGCGUCCGAACAGGCAAAGAGCUAGAUUUCAAAGGCUCGCUUGGCAAAAAUACUCCAUCUUGGCACCUUGCUCUUUUAGAAAGGCCUUAAUGAUUGAAAAAAUUACUUGGCCCCUGAGAGUAUAAUUUUCAGCCCCUGAAGCUUGCUAAUAUAAAGAACAACUUUUAAUUAUGAGGAAUAAAAACUGAGAUGCUGUAAAAUCCUGUCAGACCACCGAUAGACUGAUCCGAAAGACAGUGUCAGCUCAGAAGGGGUCAGCGGACACUGUACGGAGCGUGGGUGUUUGGAUUCUCAGGGAAACUCCGACUGGAUUUAUUUUUCUACCUGUGUAUGUCUUAUAUAGUGCUGGUGCUCUAUAGUUUUGUUCUCUAUUUAAUCUGUAUGUAUUAACGAUAACACGUUUGUAUAGUUGUCACAUAUUGAA